AUGUGGAAAAAGUCAAGGGGGACGGACCGCCCUCGGAAAUACUGCAGUUCCAAGUCUCGGUAUGGAGUACGUUGUAUCCCUCCUCGGUUCUCCAUCCCACCUACCAACCAUGAGGUGAUGCCUGGGAGCAGUGUCAAUCUGAUUUGUGUUGCUAAGGGAACGCCCGUGCCCUAUGUCAAGUGGUUAAAGGGAGAAAUUGAACUCACCAAGGAGGAUGAGAUGCCCAUUGGUUGGAAUAUUCUGAAGUUGACAAUCGUCAAAGAGUCAGCCAACUACACCUGCGUGGCCAUGUCAUCACUGGGCAUGAUCAAGGCUACCGCUCAGGUCUCCGUCAAAGCCCUCCCCAAGCCCCCCACCAACCUCUCUCAUAGCUUCCAAGAGGUGGACGGAGUAGCUACCACCAGUUACAGCAUCGGCGGGCUCAGCCCCUACUCAGAGUAUGAGUUCCGUGUGAUGGCGGUGAACAACAUUGGGCGGGGGCCACCCUCCUGA